AUGUAGCCCACGGUAAUUACUGUCAUUCCAGUUAGUGUCAUGUAUAUGAGAAAAUUAAAAUGGAUUUUUUUGUUUCUUCUUAUAUUUUCUGUCAUAACAAUGUGGUAUGUAACUUUUUCUUCCUACGCUGUGAUUGAGCGUGCAAACUCUAUGUAUUUCUACGAAUAUGAGCCGAUUUACAAGCAGCACUACCUCUUCACGUUGCGGGAGCGCUUGAAAUGCGAAGACAUAAACCCGUUUCUGGUCAUCGUGGUGUCUUCCCGUCCAAAGGACGUGCGGUCCAGGCAGGCCAUCAGGGUGACGUGGGGCUCGCAGAACUUCUGGUGGGGCCAGCGAGUUCUAACUCUGUUCUUGCUCGGUCAGGACACUCCAAGAGAAGACAAUGCUGCGGCACUGUCGGUAGAGGACGAAAGCAUCCUCUAUGGUGACAUAAUUCGCCAAGACUUUAUGGACACUUACGACAAUCUCACCUUGAAAACGAUCAUGGCGUUCAGGUGGGUGGCCGAGUUCUGUUCGAAUGCUCGAUUCCUCAUGAAGACCGACGACGAUGUCUUCAUCAACACCGCGAACUUGGUGAAAUUUCUGCUGAGGCUGAAUUCCUCAGAACACGUUUUUACCGGUUAUCCUUACACAGACAGCUUUGCCUACAGAGGCUUCUACAAAAAAAUAUACAUCUCUUACGAUGAAUAUCCAUUCAAGUUGUACCCUCCAUAUUGCAGUGGGAUGGGUUACAUAUUGAAUGGAAAACUGGCUCAGAGGAUUUAUGAGCUGAUGAGUCAUGUCAAACCUAUUAAGUUUGAGGAUGUUUAUGUUGGAAUUUGCUUAGACAUACUUAAAGUGAACAUCAGUAUUCCAGAAGAUAAAGAACUAUUCUUUAUUAAUAAAAUUAAUUUCGAUAUGUGUAAGUAUAGACACUUGAUUGCAGUACAUAGUGUUACAUCGAGUGAGAUAAUUGAGUUUUGGCACGAUUUGUCGUCAAACUCUUCAGUUACUUGCCUUUGA